AAAUGAUUGUAAUUAGUAGUUACGUCUCAAGGAGGUUCUUUACGAAUGGUUUAUUUUAAUUUCAUUUUAAAGUAAGCCAAAAGUUAUGUGUUGUGAGUCCGUAGUAGAAAAAUAACAAGUUAACCAACGUUGAAUAUAAAAGAUAAAAAUAAAGCGAUAGUUUAGCGAAGAUCAAAGAAUACCGUCAUCCGAUAGUACAUCUGGCUCCAAAUUUGACAACUUGAAUAAAAUUAUCAUGCUGUCUAUUUUCACUUUUGAAGUAAAACUGCGCAUUUAGGAAAGAUAAUAAACAAGGAGCGAUUCAACGUUCUUUUGAAGAAAGGGUUGUACGAUCGUUGAUAUGGGUCACUGUUUCAAAUCGCCACAUCUAAAGGAGUCAUUUGGGCGUAAACGAUUUGCUCUUGUUAUUGUUUCGAUUCAACUCGUGCUGAUAUGUUAUUACGUGAGAUAUUUUUCCGACUGGAUGCUUUUUAUCAACUAUACCGAGGUGGUACAGAACGAUAUUUACAGAGAGAAACUGGAACAAAACUCUUCGCCAAAGUUAAUAGAAAUCCCUUAUAUAAGAAAUAAUUCUUAUUUAGCAAAUUUUCAUAUCAAACCGAAUGGAAAUAAGAAGAAUGUCACUUUAUUAGUUAUUGCAUCAACUGGACCAAGAAGAUACGACAGAAGAGCCACUAUACGUAAAACAUGGUGGCAACAAUGCAAACCUACAGGAAAGGUGGUACCGGAAUGUAUAUUUAUGACAGAUAAACUUGCUGAAAAUCAAGAAUUCUAUAAUAUUAUCAAAAACGAAUCUCGUACAUACCAUGACAUGCAUUUUCAAAACUUGUCUGGUGGUGUAGAGUUUGGUAAAAGGUUUUUGUAUCAUAUGGUGUACGCAGUAACGAAUUAUAAUUUCGAUUAUUUUUUAAGAAUGGACGACGAUUACUUUUUCUGCAUGGAAAAGUUUCUUCACGAAAUUCCAGUCCCAAUGGAAAAAUAUUUUCACUGGGGGUGGGUACAUAAUGUUCCUGGUAUAACACGUCCAGAAGAAAGCAUGAUUUUAUUUUCAAGGGAUGUUAUAGAAUUAUUUUUAUCACAAGACCCUAACAAAAUGUUAUGUCAUCCAUUGGCAGAUCAGAUGGUAGCUGCAUGGUCAAACUAUAUCAACAUGACGUAUUUGUUUAGGCAUGAUUCCAGAUUACAUCAUGAUCCCCCGGUGCGUGAUUUGCCAAACAUUAAGAAUAGUAAAAAUGUUUGCGAUAGAUUCAUUGGUGUUCAUGGUGCUUAUCCCAAUGAAAUGAAAACUUUGUGGAAUAACAGAGGCAAACAGAGUAUUUAUACUACCUUGAAACACAAUUCUCAUAUUGUGACUAUCCAAAGACCAUUCAGAUGGCAACUGUUCGAUCAUACUUGGCAGUAUGAACCAAAACCAUGUGUUUCAAAUCCUUCUUGGAAUACUUCAAAGCUGUUUGUAACGAAGGGGUCCUAUUCAGGUCGGCAAGGUGAGGACAAAGAACAUCAUUGAAAAAAGCUUCUACCUUACUAUGUUAACACACAAAUGGACGUUAGAAUUAUUAAAAGCUAAGUGAUCAUAUUCUUCUUCUUCAUAGAUAACAAUUGCAAAACUAAAAUAUUCAAUCUGAAAUAUAAACAUAAAAAUCAAAAGUUGAUAAAAGUGUUAUAAAAAGAAAUAGGGUUAAAAUUUUGGUCAAGAAAAAAUGUUGUUCUAUGAUAACUUCAGUAUCUUUAAUUUAUUUUUAUAUAGUAUGUAGAGCUGUAUAUAUGAUUGACUUAUUGA